AUGCCGAUCCAGAACAUUAAGGUGGCAGAUGAAGGCACGGCGGGUUCAGCCAAGGCGAGGGAUGACUGCAGAGCUCUGGUGGACUCACUGAACAAGGUGACGGGGUGUUACAGGCACCUGGCGAUUGGCAUCGGAGGGUCGGCGGAUUCCGCCGGCCUGAGGGAUGAGCUGAGGAAAACCAGGGAAAAGACCCAAGACCUGGCCGUGACCAUCAGGAACAAGCUGACGGCGGUGCUUCGGGACAAGAACCUGGGUAAAGAGGAGAGAGCGGAGAUGGAGCGCCUGUGGGUCAUAUUCUGCUCCAGUCUGGAAUUAUUUCAGGUGGACAUGUGCAAGGUGUUGGAAUUGGGACAGGGCUUUGCCUUGGCCGGGACAGAGAGACCUCUGAUUCAGACUGGAAUGUCCGGAGGUACUUCGGAGGUGGCAGCCCGGGCGCUAAGCGUGCAAAACAUAGUGCACGACACAGCCCUGGACGUGUCGAGCCUGGAGCAGAGGGAUCUGCAAGAGCAGAUCGAGAAGGUGGACAGGAUGGUGGAGAACAUGGAGAUGAAGGUCAACGUGCUCAGGUGGACGGUGGAAGCCAAGGGAGACGCGUACCACUCGGUGCUGAGCAACGACACCUCCUCGGUAGCCCUGCUGUCGGUGGACGAGGAGGUGCGUGGCUGGUGGUGCUGUCAUCGGAGCAAAUGUCUUACAUCCAUGCUCCUCUGCACGGCGGCUCUGGCCGCUGUCGUGCUAUCGGUCUGCGCUGCUAGCAUUGCCUAA